AUGAGUAAGACAGGUAAUAAGAAAGGGAUGAGCUCAUUCGACAUCGAGGGAGGUGGAAAGAGCAAGAACUCAAAUAAGAAUGCGUUUGUCGAAUUAGUUGAGGAAAAGCAUCAUGAAGAUAUAAAUAAAGGAUCAUCAACUGCGAACAGACAAAAGUCUGAUCAAAAGAAAAAAGAGACAGUCUCAGCUGCAAGAGCAUCAGUUGCUGGAAAGGAGGAAGCAGAACUUUGGAAUUUCCAUGUGAAUGAGGCAAACACCCAUGACAGGCGCUUUGUGAGGAACAAGAUUAGAACGACUAAGUACACUUGGUUGACAUUUAUUCCUAAGAACUUGUUUGAAUAAUUCUCAAAAAUGGCGAACGUCUAUUUCCUGUUUAUUAUGGUUCUCUAAAUCAUACCACCAAUUUCAAUUACUGGAGGAUAACCUGCAAUCUUGCUGCCAUUACUAUUUGUAGUCUCGGUAUCUGCAAUCAAGGAUCUUUUCGAGGAUAUCAAAAGACAUAGAGCAGAUGAUUAAGAGAAUAAUAGAAAGGCACUAGUAGCAGAUCUAAAGACUGGCUAGUUUACUCAUAAAAUUUGGAAAGACAUUAAAGUUGGUAUGGUAGUAAAAGUUAUGGAAAAUGAAUUUUUCCCAGCAGAUCUCAUCUUAUUAAAUUCUAGUGGACCUAAAGGUAUUUGCUAUAUUGAAACCAAGAACUUAGACGGAGAAACUAAUCUUAAGCAUAAAGUUUCAAAUAAAGAAGUCAUCUCUCAUUGUCAAGAUGAGCAUGCUUGUGGUAUCUUCAAAGCUUCUGUUCAAUCAGAAGGCCCAAGUGACAAGAUCUAUCAGUUCGAUGGUAUCAUGAAUAUUGGAGAUAAAAAGAUUUCUUUGAAUUAUGAAAAUUUCUUACUAAGAGGAUCAUCUUUGAGAUAAACAGAUUAUGUUUAUGGAAUAGCAACUUUUACUGGCCAUGGUACUAGAAUAAUGAAAAAUUCUACUGGAGCAAGAUCGAAGUUUUCAAGAGUUGAAAAGCAAACAAACAUGCAAAUAUUCUUUAUUUUCGGUCUAUAAUGUGUUCUCUGCCUUAUUGCCACUGUUUAUGGAGCACUUUGGAGAUCAAUAAACACAGAAAAAACAUAAAACUAUUUAGAUCUCUCAGGAGUUAAAGGUACAGGAGGUAUUUUCGAUAAAUACUGGAUCUUAAAUGCUAUUUAAAGGUAUUUCACUUGGAUUCUUCUCUUUACAAAUAUGGUUCCUAUUUCACUUAUGGUAACUCUUGAAGUGGUGAAAUUCCUCUAAGCAUUCUUUAUAACUUGGGACUGGAGAAUCUAUGACUUAGACAAAGAUAUGCCAACAAAGGUUUAAUCUAGUAAUUUGAAUGAAGAAUUGGGUCAAAUUAGUUAUGUAUUUUCUGAUAAAACAGGCACCCUCACUUGCAACAUUAUGGAGUUUAAGAAAUUCUCUGCAGGCAAAUACUCCUAUGGAAAUAGUUUACCUGAUAACAGAUAGUAAAUGAGAUUUAACAUCGAUGGUGAAGAUGAAAUCUCCAACGUUAACUUUGAUGAUCCAGUAUUCUACAAGCACUUCAGAGACAAAAGAUCAGAAAACUACUAGUACAUUGAAAAAGUAUUGCUUAAUCUAGCUUUAUGCCAUACAAUUAUCAUUGAAAAAAAGAACGGCAAAGUUUCUUAUAAUGCUUCAUCUCCAGAUGAGCUUGCUUUAGUUAAUGCAGCCAGGUUCUUCGGGGUUAAAUUUGAGGACAGAGAUGAAGAGAAUAAGAUGUAUAUCAAUUUUAAAGGCGAGAAAUAAGUCUGGAAGCUUUUAAAUUUGAUAGAAUUUAACUCUACAAGAAAAAGAAUGACUGUUGUUGUGCAAGAUCCAAAAGGCUAAAUUAAAGUACUUUGUAAAGGUGCAGAUUCAAUCUUGUAUCCCUUAUGCCAAAAGAGAACUAGAGAUUAAAUUGAGCUAGAAACUACUACAGGUAACUUUUUAGACGAAUAUGCAAAGGAUGGAUUAAGAACCUUGCUUUUGGUUGAGAAAACUUUAAGCUAAUCAGAUUAUGAUGCAUGGAAUAAAAAGUUUUAAGAGGCUAGCUUUGCAGUUUCAGGAAGAGAGGAAAAGAUUGAUAAAGUAGCUAUUGAACUAGAAAAAGAUUUCCACUUGAUAGGGUCAACCGCUAUUGAAGAUAAAUUGCAAGAUGGUGUAGGUGAAACUAUCUAAUUCUUAAAAGAUGCUGGCAUUAAAGUGUGGGUUUUGACUGGAGAUAAAGUUGAGACUGCAAUAAAUAUUGGCUAUUCUUGCAAGCUUCUUAAUAAUGAAAUGAACUAAUUCAUUAUAAAUGCUACAACACCAAAGGAAGUUUAUGAAUAGAUUACCGAAGCCAGAAAAGAUGCUGCUCUUACAUAAUUCAGUGGAGAUACGGCUGCCAUUGUUACUGGAGACGCAUUGCUAAAGAUAGCUUCUCAUGAGGCAAUCAAAGACUAAUUCCUUGAAUUAACUGAUAGUUGCGCUGUCGUUAUUGCCUGCAGAGUAUCGCCUAAGCAAAAGGCUGAAAUAGUUCAUUAUGUUAAACAAAAAUAUCCUAGGGCGACUACUUUAUCAAUUGGUGAUGGAGCUAAUGAUGUUAAUAUGAUUACAGCUGCUCACGUUGGAGUGGGUAUUAGUGGAUUAGAAGGAUAGUAGGCUGCAAGGUCUGCUGAUUAUGCUAUUGGACAAUUUAAAUUCUUGAAGAAUCUCCUAUUUACUCAUGGUAGAGAAGCAUAUAGAAGAAAUUCUUAUCUUGUUUGCUAUAUCUUCUAUAAAAAUGUCGUUUUUGUACUCCCAUAAUUUUGGUAAGUUUAUUAAGACUAACUUAUUAGGUAUGGAUUCUAAUCUGGAUUUGGUGGUCAAGCCUUAUACGAAUAGUGGCUUUAUCAAAUGUACAACAUUCUCUUCACAGCUUUCCCUAUAAUGUGGUUUGCUUUAUUUGAUUAAGAGUUUUCUAAAGAGGAGUUGCUUGAAGAUCCUAAACAUUUUAAAAUUGGCUUGAAAAAUCUAAGUUUUGGAAGAUGGAGAUUCUGGAGAUGGAUAUUUUAUGGAAUGUGCCAGACAUUCAUGCUUUAAUUAAUUGGAUUUUAUUCAUUAGAAGGAGGAUCAGCACUCUAUGAUGACUAUGGAUAGCCAAGUUCUCUCUGGGUCACUGGAACUCAUAUUUAUGGGAUGGUUGUCAUCAUUGCCAACAUGAAAGUAGCAUAUUCUACAAACAGUCACACUAUAUUCUCUACUUUGGUAGUCUGGGGUUCAAUUGGAUCAUUUUACAUUAUGGUUUAUAUUGAGAGCAGAAUUACUUUCUUUAAGUCUUUAUACGGUGUAUUCCCCUAUGCUAUGAGAAUCCCUGCAUUUUACUUUAUUUGCUUCUUCUUCCUGCUUUCAACAUCGUUUACUGAGAAACUGCUUCACUGGACUAAUCUUUACAUUACUCAGAAUAAGGAAAAGAAAUAAGAAAUCUAAAAUAUGGUCUAUCAAUAUAAGAAAGCACAAGAGGGUAUGCUGAUAAGAAAAGGCUAAAUCAAGCACAAAGGUUUCGCUUUUAGUGGAGAUGAUUAGGGAACGACUAUAGUAAGGAGCCUUUCAAUAAUCAAUCAUAAAAUGGACUAAUUUCCCAAUGAAGAUGGUAUAGAAGAAGAAGAAAAAUCAUAGGAACAAUUAGAGCUUUCACUAAACAACAAUUCAAAAGACUAGCAAUAGAAGAAAUCUGAUAGUGGAAAAUCUAAGUAGAAUAGAAUUAAUUGA